GUAAAACGUGCAGUAGGGGACGAGGUGUCGUGAAUCUUCUCAGCAGGGUGAAGAUACAAACAUGGCGGCGGCCAGUGUCUUCAGACCGGGCUUGUUUACCCAGAAAGUCGCGAUAGUCACAGGAGGAGGAACCGGGAUCGGUAAAGCUAUCUCUGAGGAGCUUCUGGAGCUCGGCUGCAGCGUGGUGAUCUCCAGCAGAAAGGUGGACAGGUUGGAGGCAGCAGCUCAGGAGAUGAGACAGAAGAUCCCUCCAUCCAGCCCUGCACAUGUCACUCCUGUUCCAUGCAACAUCAGAAACGAGGAUGAGGUGAAGGCUCUUGUUUCUACAGUGCUGAAGAAAUACGGCAGGAUAGACUUCCUGGUGAACAAUGGAGGAGGUCAGUUCAGCAGCCCAGCAGAACACAUUUCUUCAAAAGGCUGGAAAGCUGUGAUCGACACGAAUCUGACUGGUACCUUCCACUGCUGCCAGCAGGUCUACACUGCAUGGAUGAAACAGCAUGGAGGCGUGAUCGUCAACAUCAUCGCUGACAUGUGGAAAGGCUUCCCUGGCAUGUCUCACACCGGAGCAGCGAGGGCAGCAGUGGACAACUUAACUAAGACUCUGGCCAUCGAGUGGGCAGCCUCAGGAGUGCGAGUCAAUGCUGUUGCACCUGGCAUAAUCUUUUCCAAAACUGCAAUGGAGAACUACAAAGAGUAUGGCCCUGAACUCUUUAAGAUGUCUGUCCCAUUCAGCCCUGCAAAGAGGCUUGGAGUACCAGAAGAGAUCUCAUCGACUGUGUGUUUCCUGCUCUCUCCUGCUGCCACCUACAUCUCUGGGGCCACUCUGAGGGUUGAUGCAGGACAGAGUCUGUAUGGCUCCAUGUGGGAGAUACCCAACCACAGUGCCUGGCCUGAGGCUCCAGAGGGGGAGAACAUGGAGGCUUUGAGGGAGCUGCUCAACCCAAAAAGCAAACUAUAAUUCCAUGUAGUGAUUAGAGGAUGAUGCCAGUGUAAGGAUAUGCUUAAGUGUCAUGGACAUGGAGCUCUAUGUGCACAACAAGCACUGCUAGAGAAUCAGGAUACCUGGUUAUUAGAUGUUGUGAUUUCUAUUGAAAUUCAGGAACAUAAUUGUGUUGUGUGUGAUCAGUUACCUGUAUGUAAAUGGUGUAAGUAAACAAAACAGCCUUGCUAUAUAAAUAGAACAGAGUCCUUAACAAAAGGAGACCCAAAACAUGUGAAAACAAACACAUAAAAAUGUCUUUUUCAAGGGGGGUAGCAAUGAAGUCAAGAUCACCUUAAGUUUUUUUUGUUUUGUUUUUUUGCCUUAAUCUUGUUUAAGUCUCCUAAAGUGAUCGGGGCAUUUUUAAGCCCCACAUCUGUAUUUUUAAGGCCUUCUCAUGAAUAGCUCAUGUUGACUGUCUUAUGUACAAAGUAGUUAAGGUAAUUACCAUUUUACACAUCAUGUUGAUACAUUACAAAAAACACAACUUUCUACUUGUCAAAGAAACCAUAAAAUGCACGAUUUUUUUUAAUGUUAUUUUUUCUUUUAAGAGUGUACAGUUGAAUAAUAUGUUGUGAAAAAAUAUUAAAAUAAGAAUCAAGAAA